AGGAGACACUAAUUCAGCAAGCCAAUUAAGUGAAAUGGAUAUUUGGGUGCAAUCUGUUGGUGGAAAGAAAAAAGGAAGGGUUGCAGGACUUGGUUCUUUGGGUCGAUCUGUUAAAGUAUUUAAGCAUUCAACAUCUACUUUACAAGGAGAAAUUGAUGAGCUAAUUAAAUCUCAGGUGCAUGCUUCCAAUGCACACUUAUAUGCUCAGUUGCAAGAAGAGCGGCGCAACAAUAAAAAGAUGAGGAAAGAAUUAGACUUAUUGAAGAAGUAUGUGAAUUUCAAUGCAUCAUCUUCAGAUGAGUUAUCAUCUCAAGAAGACAAUCAAGGAUCUGAGAACGAAAGUGACGAUGACUCUGAUAAUGUGAAUGAAAGUGGUUCUCACCCUGGUAACGCGAAUGAAAGUGACUAUAAUCAUGAUUGA